UAAACCUUCUCUUGACAAAUUUGUUUCAUACUGAUUCAAUUAUCUAUGAUUAUUUUAAAUCACAUUAUUUUAAGUGUAUGGAAAUGCUGAAUAAAAAAUCUAAGUAAAAAAAAAAAAUAUGUAUGUGAAAAAACAUCUUACAAUGUUUGGAUUUCACAUUACAUGCAUAAUCGGCAUGUAAAGAUUUAUGAUGUGCUUGCAGAUUCUUUGAUGAUGCUGUUGCAGGGAUAUGCACAUGUAUACAUAGGUCUGCAACGUGCUCUGAUACUUAUAUUAAAUAUAAUAUAUGAAUUACAUACCAUAGGCAACAAUAAUCUAACAUUGGGGGUGCAACAGACACUUUUUGAUGAGGGUGUAACAAUUAUUCUUAUAAUUGGAUUCUAAAAGUGAGCAGGUGAUAUCAAGUACAGAUUUUCCUAACCGUGAACGAUUAACACAUUGACGUAGCAAUUGUUGAUCAUCAGCGGCGGCGGAACGGCUAUAUUAUAAUUUAUAAAAAUAUAGAUAUUUAGAUAUAAUAAGGAAUAAUAUUAAUAAUAUAAUAUAACUUAAAAGUAAUAAUAUAAGUUAUUAACAAUCACAUAAAAGUAUAAGUAUGUAUUAAAUGUAUAAAAAAAAAAUAAAUAUGAAAAUACAAUCACUAAUACAAAAUGUUUAAUUAUACAGAAAAGAGACACAUAAAUUCAUAAUUAUGGACUUCGAGUUCUCAAUGGUGAACAAGACAAGCAUGGUUGUCAUCUCCGGAGCUAUAUCCAAUAGCUUAGACCGUUUUAAGAUUAGGAAACUGGAGGGACGACCUCUUUUGCUACCACUUAACGAAGAAGCUCGACCUAUGGGUGAGACGGAGCUUCAGGUGGCAAUAAGAGAGAUAAAAAGAGUGUUCAGAGUAAAAACUGAUCUGAGAGAUGCUUGUCUGGACCAAAUGAAGCAGAGUUUGAAUUCGACGAAAAAUAAUUUAACACGAGGAUAUAUUGACAGUUAUAUACGUAGAGGUAAUAAAGAGAAUGUGAUAGUAGUAUGGAACGGACAUUCGGACAAAAAUAUUUUAAAAAGAUUAGAUUUAGACCAUUAUCCUAUGUUAAACAUAACGUGCUACGAUAAGUAUUUUAAUAAAAAUUUCUAUAUUCAGUUUGAAAAAUUAGGCAAUAAAGAAAUAAUUUUCGAAGUAGAUAUCGGUACAUAUAAUAAAACAGGAAGGCUACUUAAUUUAGUAGAGACCCAUGAUAUAAUAUGUAAAAAGAAACACCAUACUACGUAUGCGCAUGAUCCGAGAAUGGAUGUCAAGUAUACUAAAUGUAUAUUUGAUUAUGUGAUACGGAAACAGCGAUAUGAAAGUCUAAUAAAACAUUUCUAAAAAAAAAAUAUAUAAACAAUAACAAUAAAAGUAGUAAUAAAACAAAAACAACGGUUACAUUAAUAAUCAAAAUACGAACGUAAAAUUUCUUUUUCAGAAAUUCAUAAUUCUAUAAAUUACAAAUCAACUCUACGAAAUAAAUAAUAACCAAUAAUGGAUAGAAUGGAGCAAUUAGCUUCGGCAAUAUCGUUUAACAUAGAAACGCAAUUUCAUAUUAAUCCAACACAGGGAGAAUGGCAUAAUUACACAGCUUGUUUUGAUUUUCAUAUAGUUACCGCUAAUGAAAAUAUACUCGUACCUUACGAGGAUGAAACUAUAUUGGAAAUGAUUGAGGCAGCCAAAAGAUUUUUGUAUGAUAUGGCGUUAGACAGAGAAUUUGGUGAACCAUACUGUUAUGAAUUAAACUAUUACCUCGAAAUAAUACAGAAUCCACGAGAUAUAUUGAAUUACAGUAGAUAAAUGUAUGUCUAGAAUGAAUUGAUCAGGUAAAACGAAGUGGUUGGGGCUGUACGAAACACCUAUCGACAUAACAUUUGACAUAUGAUCGAUGGGGUGGAUUCUAUGGCAUCCCCAAUGAGUAAAGAGUGAUCAAGUAAACGUAUUAAUCAAUUAGGGUUGUUGUCAAUGUGGACGACGUACUUCAAAUGAUUAGUAUGUCAUUCCAUGGGCAGCGAAUCUUGAUUGAGUAAAUAAAAAAAAAAAACAUACAAACUGGAAUGAUAAUAAAUAUAUAUAUAUACACUUAGAUUUAAGAAAACAUACUGUACGAAUAAGUUACUAUUGGGAUAUGGAAAUAAAUUUGAAUUGUGGGGAACUUUAUAGAUUUUGUACUACUAAAAUAUUAUAUUAAGAAAAAAAAAAAAUAUUAUUUGUAUUAAUUAAUUUACCAUAUAAGAAACUAUUGUAAUCAACACAUUAUACUAACCACAUAUUUUAUUGGAAUUAUCAAAUCAAUUAUAAUCACUAUAUUGUACUAUUUACUAACACUAUAUUUUAUUGUAAUCACAAUUAUAAAUUAUAAGAAAACUAACCAACAUAUUUAAAACAUAGAAUUAUAUAACCAAAUAUUUAAUCUAACCAUAUAAUCAUUAAUUAUAUUAUAAUCAAAAUAUUUAAUCAAACUAUUUAACCAUUUGUAAGUGUAAUCAAUCCAUAUUUAAUCAAAACUAUAUAUACAACAUAUACAUCAUAUAUUCAUAUUAUAUAACGAAAAUACUUUAAUGUAAAAGCAUACAGAGAAUUGUAAUGUAUGUCUUAUAUCAAUGACUUGUAAUCGAUUAUUGUAAACACUAUAACAUUGUAAUAAUUUGUAACUUAACUAUUUUGUACUGAACUUUGAAAGAUUUCUGUCUUUGAGACAUAAACCUUUUUUUUCGUGGGGAGGUGCAACGUGCUCUGAUACUUAUAUUAAAUAUAAUAUAUGAAUUACAUACCAUAGGCAACAAUAAUCUAAUAUUGGGGGUGCAACAGACACUUUUUGAUGAGGGUGUAACAAUUAUUCUUAUAAUUGGAUUCUAAAAGUGAGCAGGUGAUAUCAAGUACAGAUUUUCCUAACCGUGAACGAUUAACACAUUGACGUAGCAAUUGUUGAUCAUCAGCGGCGGCGGAACGGCGUGAGAACGCUAGCCGCAACGAAAAUAUUAUAUUAUAACAAUUAUAUUAUGCGGCGGCAUCGUGCAGGGUCAAAGGCAGAUCAUCGCACGUACGCUUGCCACCCGGUAGAAUAAUAUAGAAAUAUAAUUACCACCCGAUAGAAGAAUAUUAGAGAUACAUAAUUGACGCACAACAUCGUUCAGAUAACGCAAAGCGUGGGAAGAAGCGGAUGCAGGUGCAGAUGACCAUCAGGGACCUGAAGGUACCGCGGGAGUCCCUGGACGAUAUAUAAGGGGGCCCAGAUUAGGCACAAUUCAGACGUGAUCCACCAGAGUUAGCGCAAGCACCUUCACGUCACCCAGUUUAAUAUUUUAUGUCUCCUGGACUUGAAUAUUUUUCACAAGUUUUAUUAAAUUAAUUAAU